AUGGCUGACCUCCAAGGCUACAUCCUCCUCUUCCUCGUGUGGGUAGGCUCUUUCACCCUAGUCCGAGCCAUGCUAAACCGAUACCGAGCCUCCUCUUGUCUCCCUCCAAGCCCCUGGUCCAUACCGAUCCUAGGCCACCUCCACCUCCUGGCUCCAAUCCCCCACCAAGCCCUCCACAAGCUCGCCAACCGCUUUGGACCCCUGAUCCACAUCUGGCUUGGCUCCGUCCCCUGCAUCGUCGUCUCCUCCGCUGAGAUGGCCAAGGAGUUCCUCAAGACCCAUGAGGCCCGCUUCUCCAACAGGCCUUAUAGUGCCGCGGUUGACUACCUCACUUACGGGUCACAGGACUUUUCAUUCGCACCGUACGGGCCGUACUGGAAGUUCAUGAAGAAGCUGUGCAUGUCGGAGCUCCUGGGCGGUCGGACGCUGGACCUCCUCCUCCCAGUCCGUCGUGAAGAGAUCAACCGAUUCAUUGCGUCAAUGUUAAAGAAGGCCGAGGUAGGGGAAGAAGUGGAUGUGGGAGCAGAGCUCGUCAAGGUGACCAACAAUGUAAUUUCAAGGAUGACCAUGAACACGCGGUACUCAGACAACGACAAGGAGGCUGGCGAGGUGAGGAAGGUGGUUCAGGAGGUGGCUGAGCUCACUGGGAAGUUCAAUCUGUCGGACUUCAUCUGGUUCUGCAAGAACUUGGAUUUGCAGGGGUUUGGGAAGAGGCUCAAGAAAGUGAGGGACAGGUUUGAUGCGAUGACAGAGAGGAUCAUCGAAGAGCAUGAAGAGGCCAGGAAGAUCAGGACAGAGAGAGGGGGGAGUGAAACGGCCAGAGAUUUGCUUGACAUUUUGCUUGAUAUAUCAGAGGACGAGAGCUCAGAGAUGAGGUUGACCAGGGGGAACAUCAAGGCGUUCAUCCUGGACAUAUUUGCGGCGGGGACUGACACGUCAGCGAUCACCACGGAAUGGGCCCUGGCGGAGCUAAUCAACCACCCCGAGGUGCUUGAGAAAGCAAGGCAAGAGAUUCACAGUGUGGUCGGGAAUGCCCGGCUGGUCCAGGAAUCGGACUUACCCGAUCUCCCCUACUUGCAAGCAAUAGCGAAAGAGACGCUGAGGCUCCACCCCACAGGGCCAAUCAUCGUGCGCGAAUCGUCCGAGGCCUGCACCGUUGCAGGCUACGAGAUCCCUGCGAAGACCCGGCUCUUCGUUAAUGUGUAUGCAAUCGGGAGGGAUCCUAAACACUGGGAGGACCCCCUCGAGUUCAGGCCGGAGAGGUUCCUGAGAGAAAACAAGGCACAUAUGGACGUGAGGGGUCAGCAUUUUCAACUGUUGCCCUUUGGGAGUGGGCGGAGAGGGUGUCCUGGAACCUCGCUGGCGCUUCAGGUGGUGCAGACGAGUUUGGCUUGUAUGGUUCAGUGUUUCGAGUGGCGAGUGACCGGCAAGGUGGACAUGGAGGAGGGGCCCGGGCUUACUCUUCCUAGGGCUCAUCCCCUGGUUUGUGUCCCCGUGGCUAGGCUCGAUCCGUUCCCUUCGUUCUGA